ACUACUACUACUACUACUACUAUUAUGUUAUUUAUCAACCGAGCAGACCGUAUGUCAAGUGAAGUACGUAACUAAGAGUGCGUUGUGAAGUAUAUAAGUGUAAAGCAGUACCAAGGAGGACCUAAGAAGCAAUACAAAGCGGGGCAAUUCAAAAGAAGGAGGUAGUGUGACAGCUUCCGUAUAUAUAACUAUCCCCAUAAGACUCCAGAAGACUCCUGAGAGCACCCGAUUCAUCUCCUUUUCGGCCUUUGGAAAUAGUUGAUGAGAGAGGCGGAAGUGUUUGAGAAUCCCGACCCUAUCCCCCACAGGUCCCCAGGCUUGUGUUGGGGGGUAGGGGAGGCUGGAGUGGUGGAGGGGGAGGCGGACUUCUUUUAAAGUAUUACCCACUGGAGUAGAAAAGGUGAUUUAUUUUGGUUUGGAAGAAGUGAUGCUGCUGAGAAGAUAAGAAUUUAACCCUUAUCAAGAAAGAAAAGCUUGUGUGUGGCUCCUGACCAGGACUUACCAGUAUGGGUGCCAUCCACGGGAAGGGCCGCUUCCAAUGCAGUGGCUGCCAUCAGGGUUUCUCAUGGCGCCUGGACCUGGCAAGCCACCUUCAGCAGUGCAAGGCAGCACUCGACAGGAAAACGAAAGACCAGCAUCCUGAGUAUUAUCUGCUGGAAACCUGCUUCCUGUGUGGACAUCAGCUGUCUGGGAUUCAUAGUGAGGAGGCAUCCUUUGUCAAAGGCCUCCAGAAACUGUACCACUCAAAGCGCCCACUAAUCGAGGUGCUGGAGAUCAUCACACGGGACACGUCUCUGCAUCUUUUUGAGCAGCACACACUCGGCCUUUGCAAGGACUGCAUGAAUUCUGUUAAUGAAUGGGACAAGGUGGAACAGCAGCUGCUUUCCAUUGCUCAAAACAUUCGAAGCUCAUACAGAUCAAAGCGGAGAAGAAAAAAUGAUGUCAAACCUUUGGAAAAGACCAGCUUGGAGAGUCAAGAAGAUGAUGCCAGUGAGGGUGAGGAUAAGGAAGGCAACAGACACACGGACCAGGUGCCGCCAGAUAACCUAGAAAGCCUCAUAAAGCAAGAAAACAUCAUGGACUUUAUGGAGCAGGAUGAAAAAUUCCAAGACUGUGAAGAGAAAGAAUACAAAUGUGAUUGUGGGAAGACUGUGAAGGGCCUCAGUGUGUUUGUGGAUCACCAGCUGCGUGAGGGCUGCAAAAUCAAAACCAACCAGUAUCCAUGCAAGUUUUGUGGUUCUGUCUUUUUUGAAAAGAAACUUUUAAUUGCUCACAGGAGAGCUUGCACUGAGGCAACAUUGAUCAAUGGAGCUUAUGAAUGUGACAUAUGUGGCCGAAGAUUUUUGGUACGUGGGAGAGUAGAAACCCACAAAAGAAAUGUACACAGCAUUGGCACUGCUGACCAGCAGCUGUGCAGCUACUGUGGCCGCACCUUUGGCGCAGGGUACAAUAUGAAAAACCACCUCGCUCGGGAACAUGGUGUUGGCUGUCUUGAGGUCGUGGUAUGUGAACUGUGUGGAAGAAGGUUCUCUGACAGAUCGAGUUUGCGCAACCACCUGAGAAACAUCCAUGGGGAGCGAAAUUUUGAGUGCGAAACUUGUGGGAAGAAGUUUGCUUCACGAGGGAUGCGCAACCAUCACAUGAACGAGAUGCACAAUAACACCUACAGCUAUGAGUGUAACCUGUGUGGGGAGCAUUUCCAUGUGAGCUUCAAGUACAGGUACCACAUGCGCAAGAUGCACAACACUCUCCAGUAUGCCUGUGAUGACUGUGGACGAACAUUCAUCAUGCGCAGUGACCUGUACAGACAUGUGCGAGGUGUACACAUGGGCGUGCGUGACCCUAAGCGUUACCCGUGUAAGGUGUGCGGCAGACUCUUCCCCAGCAAGUAUAAGGUAAAGAGACACAUGAGUAGUCAUGGCAUCGUGGGCACUCAAACUGAGAAAACAACUAUUGAAAGGCAAGAUGAAGUUACUGAGGCUGUAACCAUAGCUGCUGCUGAGUCCAUUGAAGCAGAGUGUCCGUCAGGCCUCACAGAAGUGACAAGCAACAGUGAUGGCACCAGCAUUGAUGUUCAUCAGCUUCCUGUGUCCGAUAUUUAUACAGGUCCCCACAUCACUACCCUCACUCCAGAGAUCCUUCAAGGGGAAGUCACACCUGACCUGGUCUCCUCAGAAACCAUGGUGGUAGGCCCCAUGUCCAGCCUAAUGGUCUCUGCAUCCCCUGUUACAGAAAAUAUGGCAACAGAGCUUCACUCCACUGAGGACCCUCAACCUCCCAACAGCAGCCAGACAGACCCCAGUCAGCAUUUUGCUCGUGAUGGCUCCCUUGUGACACAGACAGCAGCAGGAGCCUCCUCCCUUAUUCCAGUGCAACAGAUGAUUGUGAUCCAGGAUUCUGUGGGAGUUGCCAGCCAUGCAGAAUUCACUCUCCCUAACUCCUCUGGCCAGGUUAUCACUGUGCCUCACUCGGCUGGCCAGGUUAUAUCUGUACCACCAGUCUCAGGGCAGGUGAUUUCCAUUCCCCAGUCAACUAGCCAAGUCAUUUCAAUGCCUGCAGUGACGAGUCAGGUUAUUGCUGGUGCCCUGAAUGGCCCCCAAACUAGUUUUGCUGUGUCAGUGCCUCAGCAGAGGAGUCACCCUGACAACAAUACCCAGAAGCUUCCCACAUUUCAUUAUCAAUAUUUCUCUUCAUAAAGCUAUUACUUAGGUAAGAAAUUUUAGUAGUUGGCUAGAUAUUUUAUGGUGAAGUGUACCAGUACUAUUGUUUUUUAAUCAUGUAGAAUGUCCGGAUGGUUGGGAGAAAAUUCCUAGAGUUUUGCAAGAUUCAGGAACUUAAGUCUACCACUAAAAUACAGUUCAAUUUCAAUUAAAUGCUUCUGAGGCAUAUUUUAUAAUUGCAACCUGAAAGACAACAAAGAAGUUAAGACCCAUGAAAAUCAGUGCAAAUUGUGGACCUUUUUAAGAAAUAAAAUUUUCAAGUA